AUGUACAUUAGAAAGUUUGUGCUUUUGUUAUGUUUUUUUGUGGUACAUGUCAACGCUCAGGAUAAAUUUAAUUCUUGCUAUGGGUCUCAUGUUAUAGAAGCAAAGUUAACAGACUACUCGAUAUUUAAAAGUUAUAGAGUUUAUGUUAAAAAAUAUUUAGAAGCUGGUACCAACGUGACAAUGCAAUUUGCUUCCAAUGUAUGGGUUUCUGUUAAUGAUAAGUUUGGGCAAUUAAUUUCAUUGGGUAAUAAUGUAUACACAAUAACGUUAUUGGAUAAUGCAUUUGAUUUUAAAGUUGUCGCAAGAGCACCGUCUUCAUCUAAACCUUCGGAUCUUUAUGUUACAAGUGUCCUUAUCAAUGGUAAAGAAUAUUGUACAAACUCUGCUUUAAAAUCGACAGAACAAAGCAUUACACCAAAACUGUCGUGUGGACAACGUAAAGUGAAACAUAAUCAGCUCAUAACCCAUGGACUCGAAGCGAGAGCCGGAGACUGGCCAUGGCAUGUUGCAAUAAGCACUGCUCAUUGCGUAACAAAGGUUGGUGUUCCGGUAUUGCCAGAAUAUUUGGGGAUUAGUCUUGGAAAGACUAAUUUGAUUGGACCUAAUGAAAAUCCUCAGGAAAGAGAGGUUUUCAAAAUCAUUGUACAUGAAAAUUUUAAUCAUAGGAAAGUAGAAAAUGAUAUAGCAUUAUUGAAAAUGACCACGCCAGUUAUUUUUAACGAUUAUUUACACCCUGUUUGUAUGUGGUCUGAUAGAGUGAACAAGAAUGUUCCAAUUGGAGAAAUCACUGGAUCGGUAGUUGGAUGGGGCUUUGAUCAAACAGAUUUAUUAAGUCCAACUCUUCGCACUGCUCACAUACCCUUAGUAUCAGAUGAGAUUUGCAUUCAAAGAAACCCAACAUUUUACGGUAGCUUCCUAAAUGGCUACAAAUUUUGCGCUGGACUUAUCAAUGGAACAUCCGUGUGUAAUGGAGAUAGUGGUGGAGGAUUUGUUGUAUUCAUACCAAAUGAAGAUAGUGGAAUAACUAGUUCACCUGGUGGAGUAUGGUUUAUACGAGGAAUAAUUUCUUUUGUUAUGAGCAAAGAAAAUUAUAGAGUAAGCGUUUGUGAUCCCAACGAAUACGCUAUAUUUACAGAUGUUGAUAAAUAUGACGAUUGGAUAAAAAAGCACAUGAAA